GAAGAGAGAGAGAGAGAUCUGAAACAAACAAUGGCCGCCACAAUUAAAACCGUCGUCUUCAUCCUCAUACUCGCGAUCCUCUUCUCCUCCGCCGUAUACGCGACGCUUCAGGCACCUUCGUCUUCUUCAGCUCCACAGAUCCUGACCUGUACGGAGGAGCUCGUCAUGUUCUCUCCUUGCCUUCCUUACGUCUCCGCUCCACCUAACAACAUCUCGGAGACUCCCAAUCCUAUUUGCUGCUCCGUUUUCACCUCGUCGAUUCAUUCCAGCGCCGGGAACUGCCUCUGUUAUCUUCUCCGGCAGCCGAUGAUCCUUGGAUUCCCGUUGGAUCGAUCUAGAUUGGUUUCUCUUUCUCAGAUCUGCACCGAUCGGAGCUCCGAAGAAUCUUUCGAGUCUCGCUGCUCGCCAUCAGAGUCGCCGGAGCUUCCGCCGCUUCAGAGUAUGCAGUUCACUAAUCCGUUUGUUCCCGGUUAUGUAGGAUCCGCUUCUCCUCAAUCGGUCGGCUUAGCACCGGAAAUCUCACCAAGCUCCGAUCAAUUUUCACCGGAAACAGCUGCUGUGACACCACCACCACCACCGGCUCCACAAUACAGCGGCUAUCCAAAGAUCAGAAACUUCUGGUCUCUAUCGACCAUCAUCAUGACUCUGGCCACUUCUAUCCUCAUCACACGCAUCUGUAUGGUAUGA